CUUCGCCGGGCGUCGGGGCCGCUGCUCCCAGGGGGUUCUCCGGCCCGCCGCGCUUCCGAGAUCCCCGCGGCUGGACCCGGCCGGACGGCGUGAGACAGCGGCUUGGCGUCCCAGAAAAAGGCCCAGGUUUGACCACGAGGGAAGGAUUGGACAGGUUGCUGGGGAAAGUGAGUGGUCCAUUUAACCAAAGCAGAGAUGUUGGCCUAUUUAUAGGAAUUACUUGAAGCCAGAGUCAUGGUGGAUGUAGGAAAGUGGCCAAUCUUCACUCUGCUCUCACCUCAAGAAAUUGCAUCUAUUCGGAAAGCAUGUGUCUUUGGCACCUCAGCCAAUGAAGCACUGUACGUUACUGACAAUGAUGAGGUCUUUGUAUUUGGAUUGAACUAUAGUAACUGUCUUGGAACUGGAGAUAACCAGAGUACGCUUGUACCCAAAAAGCUAGAAGCCUUAUGUGGAAAGAAGAUUAAAAGCCUUAGUUAUGGGAGUGGACCACAUGUCCUUCUCAGCACCGAAGAUGGAGUUGUUUAUGCCUGGGGCCACAAUGGAUAUAGCCAGCUUGGGAAUGGGACGACCAACCAAGGCAUUGCUCCCAUCCAAGUGUGUACCAAUCUCUUGAUCAAGCAAGUGGUUGAAGUAGCUUGUGGCUCACAUCAUUCAAUGGCUCUGGCAGCUGAUGGAGAGGUAUUUGCUUGGGGCUAUAACAACUGUGGCCAGGUGGGAUCAGGAUCUACAACAAAUCAACCAACUCCUCGAAAAGUUACAAACUGUUUACAUAUUAAGAGGGUGGUUGGCAUUGCUUGUGGUCAGACCUCAUCCAUGGCUGUUCUGGACAAUGGUGAGGUGUACGGCUGGGGUUACAAUGGCAAUGGUCAGCUAGGCUUGGGAAACAAUGGCAAUCAGCUGACCCCUGUGCGAGUGGCGGCUUUGCACAGCGUGUGUGUGAACCAGAUUGUCUGCGGCUAUGCACACACUCUAGCACUAACAGAUGAGGGCCUGCUCUAUGCCUGGGGGGCUAACACUUACGGGCAGCUGGGAACUGGCAAUAAAAAUAACCUGUUAAGCCCCGCCCACAUCAUGGUGGAGAAAGAAAGGGUCGUAGAGAUCGCGGCCUGCCACUCCGCGCACACGUCGGCGGCCAAGACCCAGGGCGGGCACGUGUACAUGUGGGGCCAGUGCCGGGGCCAGUCGGUGAUCCUGCCCCACCUCACCCACUUCUCCUGUACCGACGACGUGUUCGCCUGCUUUGCCACGCCUGCCGUCUCGUGGCGCCUCCUGUCCGUAGAGCAUGAAGACUUUUUAACAGUUGCCGAAUCACUGAAGAAAGAAUUUGAUAGUCCAGAAACUGCUGAUCUGAAGUUUCGAAUCGAUGGGAAAUACAUCCAUGUCCAUAAAGCUGUUUUGAAAAUCAGUAAGUUGGUAACAGGCUUGGGAAGAUUGGAAACGGAGCAGGUCAAAGCAGAGGAACAAAAUAGGACUGAUGGCUGUUUUGAAGAUGUGUCAGAAAAAAAGGAAAAUUAUCAUGUAAGGUGUGAGCACUUUCGGUCCAUGUUCCAGUCUUACUGGAAUGAGGAUAUGAAGGAGGUGAUAGAAAUAGACCAGUUUUCUUAUCCAGUGUACCGUGCCUUUCUCCAGUACCUCUACACAGACACAGUGGACCUGCCGCCUGAAGAUGCUAUAGGUCUUUUGGACUUGGCCACGUCUUACUGUGAAAACCGACUGAGAAAGCUUUGUCAGCACAUUAUCAAGCGCGGAAUUACCGUGGAGAAUGCCUUUUCACUGUUCUCUGCUGCAGUCAGAUACGAUGCAGAGGAUUUAGAAGAAUUCUGCUUUAAGUUUUGCAUCAAUCAUUUGACAGAAGUUACACAGACUGCAGCAUUUUGGCAAAUGGAUGGCCCUCUGCUAAAGGAAUUCAUUGCUAAAGCCAGUAAAUGUGGAGCCUUUAAGAACUGAAGCCCAAGGCUGCUGGGUUUUGUGAGUGCUCCGGGCACGGGCGAUGAUGCGUCCUUUGUGCUCUGCGGGUGAUGUAAUUUUGCAGGUAAAAAACCCAUCAGGUCCCCCCCCCCCCACAUCUGAGACACCAUUCUCUGUGUAGGAAUAUAUGAAGGAUGAUUUUGAACAACUCUUGUUUCCAGAUAUGUAUAUUUUAAACGUAACCUUAAUUUGGCUGGAACAUUGUAAAGGGGUGAAAGUGUUGUUUCUUUGUUCUUUUGUUUUGUUUUUGAUUAGAGGAACUUUUGAACUUGGAAAGGGGAAGUCUGUGGUAAUUCUCCUGGUUCACAUAUUGACAACCCUUUGACACCAGGAAUUUGGGACAGUUUGUGAAUUGUGGGAUAGUCAGAGAGGCCCCACCAUGAAUUAAAGAUGCUGACUUUGGGGCUUGUUGAAAUGCUGCAUUAGUUGCUAGUUCACUAGCCAUACUGUGAAGACGUAAAGAUAGUUUGAGACUUUUGUGUUUGCACUACUGAGGACCUUUUUUAACUUCAUAGUGUAUCAAAGUAAUAAUCAGUUUAAUAGGAGUUAAACCUAUUGAGGUGAUGAUUAUGUAAAGAUAAACUUCUAGGUUAGCCAAGAUUUCUCUUCAGACUUAAGCACAUAAAGAGUAGUAAUUUAGGACUACCUGUGAAAAGUUGAUCGUGAAAGAAACUUUGUUUGCACAAACGUCAAUAUUUUAUAAAUUAGAAUCUCCACUACUAUCCAACAGUGUUUUAUUUCAUUAAGACAAAGUCUGAGAACUGAAGUUUAAAUUGCUUCCCCACCGCUUCCCGCUUUAAAUGCUCAUCAUAAGAGGAGAGUAAUGACAUAUUCAGUAUACUCUUGCCUUCCUAAAUUACGGCUGCUAGAUCAUCAGAUUUGCUACAUCUGACUCAGAGAAGCGGUUCUUAAAACCACCUUUCUGGCAGGACUUCUUGGAGUUUGUUUUAGCUCUUUUAUCUAGGUCAAGCAUCACAAAUUUGCUUAUUUGUAACGUCAGCAGCUUUCAUCUUUUAAUUGUGUUAGGUAUAAUAUUUAGCACAAUUUAACUUCAAAAAAGGAUCAAAAUUAUGGUUUUCCUGAAAAGAUCCAACUUAAAAGGGUCUUUUCAGUUUGUUUUUGUUUUUUUGUUUUGUUUUUGGUCUGCUUAUGAAAUGUGACUUUGGGAGGAAGAGUGUUCAACUCUCGGUUUUAUCACGUGUGUCCGUUGAGCUUGCUGUAAGAACAAAGCUUUGUUCUGCUCCGGCCCAUGGACUCAUUUCCAUUUGUGGGCGCUCCCUAGUGAACUCUUCCCUGCUUGGAAGUUCCCUCAUCUGAACUUGGAGCCUGAAUACAUUUUCAGAGCCAAAUUAACAAGAGGGUGAAGAUAUGCUGCAGCUGCUAUUUUUAGCAGUGUUUCGAAGUGUGGGGGAGGGGGUUGGGUGGGAGUGAGCGCUCGAAGAUAGGAGUUCAUUGAUAGAUAAUUACAAACCUAGCAGUCCCAGUUCCCUUUUCUUGACCAUAUCACAGGUGAUUGAAGCCCAAUCAAGUAUUACAUUAGAAUUAGUUCUGCAACAUGAUAGACUUUUUCUUACUAGGUUAAUAAAUGCACAUUAAUUUGAUUAUUAGCUACGAUGGGUAGUGUUUGUAACAAUCACUGUUCCAUAGGCUUAUGAUCUGGACAAAGAAGAACUUCAGUAGGUUUACUAUUGCUCUUACUUGGAAAAAAAAAACCCCACAAAUGAAACUAGUAGAUUCAUUUCCAUAGAUUGUUCAUUCAUUCAACAAAUAUUUACUGAGGUUCCUUAGAUAGGUGAAGAACCACUUCUCAUAGUAGAUUACUGAGUAAUUUGUAUGAGUAUGUAUGUAGUGAAGAAAAGGGGAAUGAGUUCUUUGAAAAGUACUUGAGUAUCUUUUUUUUAAUACACUCUUACUUUUCUACUUGGUUUUAUUGUUAAUCAUAGCAGGAAAUGAAAACUGUUCUUUGAAUUGUUUUUUUCAUCUGAUGUAAUAAUGAAAGCCAAAGUAUUCAUAUUUCUUAAGAUAGCCCUCAAUGUCCUCUUGAACUUCUUACUGGAACAAUGUUUGAUACUCUAGUGUAUAGGCUGUAUUUAUGUAAUGUUUAGAAUGACAUAUUAAUAAAUAAUCUGUUAAGACAUA